AUGACAUCAUUAUCAACAGAAGAAUUAAUUAUUUUUAUUUCUGAACAAUAUACAAUAUAUGUUAGUUUUAUUAUAUUAUUUUCUGGUAUUUUUGGACAUAUGGCUAUUAUUUUUGUUUUAACUCGUCUUAAAAUUUUUCGUAGAAAUCCAUCUGCUUUUUAUCUCAUUGCAGAAUCUAUUGUUGAUUUACUUCAAAUGAUAAUAUCAUUCACAUCUCGUAUUGCAAUCAAUGGAUUUGUUAAUGAUUUAACACAAACAUCAUUAAUUUGGUGUAAAUUAAGAUCAUUAUUUGUUCAAUCUUUUACUUUAAUAUCACUUAGUAUUGUUUGUUUUGCUGCUAUUGAUCAAUAUUUAUCAACAAAUUAUUAUCCAUUUUUACGACAAAAAAGUACAAUGAAAUUAGCUAAGAAUUUUAUUAUUAUUGCAACUAUUAUUUGGAUUCUACAUGGUGUACCAGUUUUGUUCUUCUUUGAAAUACAGUCAACAUAUGGAUGUAAUAUAUAUAAUGAAAAUUUUAGAAAUUAUGUUACAUAUGUCUAUUAUCUCAUAUUUACUGGUACAUUACCAAUUAUUAUUUCGACUUUAUUUAGUGUAUUAGCUUAUCGAAAUGUUCGUCGUAUUGUACGACGUCAAAUACCACUACGUCGACGAAAAUUUGAUCAACAAUUGACAGCAAUGAUUCUUGUUCGUGUUGGAUUUUUAGUCAUUAUAACAUUACCAUAUGUUUUACAACGGAUUUAUUCACUUACUACACUAAUAGUGGACGAUAGUUCAAUGCGUAAAUCAAUUGAACAAUUUAUCGAAGCUUUUGCUUAUUCAUUAUUUUAUCUUAAUUAUUCAGGUUCUUUUUAUUUAUUUUUAAUAUCAUCAACAAGAUUUCGUCGACAAGUUAAACAUGUUUUUAUAAACAAAUGUUGGCGAAUGUAUUAUAAGAAAACAUUACGUCGUAAUCAAAUUGCAACAAUUACUCAAAGUUCUAGUUGUGAAUAUGAUGUACAAUCUGUUGAAUAA